UCGAGUAGGGCCCAAGCAAGCCAGGAAGGAGGAGGCAGCCAGAGUGUUCUCGGCAGCAGAAGACUCCUUGCUGCCCUGCUUAACCCAGACCAGCAUUUGCCAGACCGGAGUGGAUUCCUUAGCCCUUGGCAUCUCCGACAGACACCUUGGCCCGGACAGCAGACAGACCUGAGGAAAAUGAAGGUCUCCUCUGCUGCCUUAUACAGAAUACAAGACUCAUCGAGCAAAAUGCACCAUUGGUGACCCCCUGCCUAUUCUUCACUGCUAUCUUCAAGAUGGUGACCACAUCAUUGGUGGGAUGGUUUCUCAGAACAUAAUGCCUGAUCCUCCAAUUAAUUUUGAAGAACACCCCAAUCAGUCAUUGGCUUUUGAUCAUAUGGUAGUAACUAAGCACUACCAGCAUCUGCUGGCCUUGGCUUUUGCUGUGAAGGAGAUCAAUGAAAACCACCAAAUCUUACCUAACAUUACCCUGGGCUUCCACAUCUAUGACAGCUACUUCAAGCCACGGUGGACCUAUCAAACCACAAUGGAACUUCUCUCCACACAGAACAGAUUCAUCCCCAACUACCAGUGUGGCAUCCAGAACAAGAUGGGAUCAGUCAUUGGCGGUCUUUACUCUGAAAUUUCCCUCUGCAUGGCAACCAUCCUGGGCAUCUACAAAGUUCCGCAGUUUACAUAUGGUUCUGUUCCAGUGCAUAAUGAAAGAGCGGAGCCCCUUUCCUUCUAUCAGAUGGUCCCAAAUGAAUCUCACGUGUAUGCAGGCUUUCUCCGGCUUCUCUUACAUUUUAGAUGGACCUGGGUUGGAGUCUUUGCUAAAGAUGAUGACAAUGGGGAAAGGUUUGUGAGGACCAUACUUGAAAUGUUUCUUAAACGUGACAUUUGUUUGGCCUUCUUAGAAAGGGUGAAGGCAAAUCAGGUCAAUAGCCUGUUUGAUGAAUUUGAAUGGUUGCAGAGGACACAUCAUGGUGUCAUGAACAGCAGUGCCAAUGCAGUAAUCUUCUAUGGAGAAAGUAUGACAAUGUUGAGAUGGUUGCUCUUUAUACCAAACUUAAUAGGGUUGACAACAAAGCCUAAAGGAAAAGUGUGGCUUAUGACAGCCCAGAUGGAGCUCACGUCAUUGAUGUAUCAAAGAGGUUGGGAUAUCCAAACCAUCCAUGGGGCUCUGUCCUUCACAAUACAUUCUGGUGAACUCCCAGGUUUCCAAAAUUUUCUCCAGAUGAGAAGCCCUUUCUUGUCAAAAGAAGAUGGCUUUCUCAAGGAUUUCUGGGAACAAGCAUUUGGCUGUAUAUUUCCGAAUCCAAUGGCUAACAAUAAUGCUGAAGAAACCUGCACGGGGGAGGAAAAACUCAAGGAUAUUCCUGGGGAUUUUUUUGAAAUGAGAAUAACUGGACAGAGCUACAGCAUCUAUAAUGCUGCUUAUGCUGUGGCACAUGCUUUACAUGCUAUGUUGUCACAAGGGACCAAAAUCCAGGCAAUGAUGAAUAUAGGGAGACUGAAUCUGCAACAUCACCAGCCAUGGCAGCUGCCACCCUGGUUACUUCAGGAAAAAGCAGGAGGGGAAGGCUUUUUGCUGUUACGAUUGCAUCCAGUGUCCAGAAGGGAAGAUUUCAAACCAACAGGGAAACAAAAUCAUAUAGAUCGUGGCCAAGACACACCCAGGAAUGCACCAGCUUCAUGCCUGCCAUGCUUCUCGAAGAUCGCCUCUCUGAUCACUUCCCCCACCCCCUGUCUCUGAGCUACUCAAACCAUUGCGUGGCAACAGGGACACCACCACAUCCCAUCCUAAGCCUGUCAAAUAGAGAAGUCACAUGGGGGAAUGACCACUUCCCACUGAGUCCCUUGUUCACCCAUUCUGAAAAUCAGAAGAAAAAGGGGAUGUGAUGGCAUGUCAGACAAUAUUUGUUUUGCUCUCUGAAAAUGAAUUGAUAAAGAAGUAUGUUCUCAAGCACAUUUUUUCAUGAUGGCACCAUAGAUUCCUGCAAAGAUAACAUAUGCCAGGUCAGUGAUUCCCAGGGUUAGGUUUAAAAGGCAGAUGUACCCAGGAAUUAUUAAAUGGCUCUACUCUAUUUUUUUGUACAAUACAAUUAGGGAAUGGAGGGUGAGCCCCUUCCUCUGGGGUUAACACAUUGGGACUCUAGCCUUGCUCAUGAGAAGAACCAUCCAGCAGGAGCAGUAUUGCCUCCAGGAGAACGAGAGAUUCCUCCUAUGUGAUGAGUAUGGAUGCUGCUCCAGAGGGGGCUGCUCUCUCAUGAAAGUGGAAGGCCAUGGAGUGAACCAUGCACAACUCUUGAGAAGAACCAUCCAGAUGUGCAUGAGGAUUAGGCAAAAUUGCUAAUAAUGUGCAAUGAUAAUAAUGUGCCCUUCUCCCAAGGACUGCUCUCUCAUGAGAGUGAAAAGACAUAGAGACAGGCGUGAAAGCCAGGAGGCAGAUGCUGCUGAGCCUGUUUGCUUGACACAAGCAAGUUGUGGGGACAGGUAACCUGUUGGCAAUAACUCUCCCUGUCUUGGUGACUGCUGUGAAGAAUCAGCCCAAGUAGGCUCUGAGUCAGUCUGGCCGCCCAUUAAAACAGAUCCAUUUUUAUUUUUGCCUGGCAUGGCAACCCUGCUCUCCUGGGAUCAUUGAUAAUCAGGGCUCUCAUCUCCAGUUAUUCUCCACAGCCUCAACCUGCAUUUACCACAACUCAGGCCCAAACCCAGGAAAUCUGAGAGUGAAGAUCUAUCCCCACCCUGGUGUUUCCCUAGACUGCUCACCUGGAUCCCCAGAAUGGUGGCCAACCAGUCACACGGAGCAGCAAAUUCUCUUUUGGUUGCACGAAAGGGUUGGAGAGAAGAGUGUUGAAGUCCUUUUAUUAACCAGAGUGAAUGGGGCCCCCACACAAGCAGGGGGCCAUUGAUUUGAAUGCCCUACCUCAUGAGAGCAAAGUCCAAUGUAGGACUGAAGGUCUUGAAGCUUUUGGUCCUCCCCAGUGGACUGGCCCUUCUAUGAGAGGGGUAAUCCCCUGGUGGCAAGCCAACACAGGGGCAGGAGUGUCCCUGGACUGCUUAGCCGGAGUUGGUCAUCUCAAGAGCAUCCUUGGUCACAGUAGACCAUAUCCCAGAGUCCUUUGCCCUCCCUCAUAUACAUAAUAUCUCCUAGGAAGUCAUAAUGGUCUCUUCCUGGAAUAACAGAAAAACAGUGCCCCUCAGAAUCCUCCCAUUGCCAGCAAUUGUGCUUGUACAAAACUGUUUUGGUGUGGGGCUCUGAUGAAGGUGACAGUGCAGUUGCUGUCAGAAGAAGGGCUUGUAUGCUAUGGAAAGGGAUUUAAAUGUCCUUUCCCGUUCUGAUGCCUUGCCCAAAGUCUGGUGACACAAGCCCUAUGGAGCUUGCUGGGAUGAGGUUUCAGCAGACAAGGAAGAGGGAGGGACUCUCCUAUCCUGAAACCUGAGGUUGCCAGGCUGUGGUUGGACGAAUGUCUGCAAUGCGAUCCACAGUUACAAAAAUUAACUGUGGGUUUGGCAACCUCCAGUUUCACAUUAUGUGCGAAUGCAUCCUAUGGCUAAGAAUGCUUUACAUCAGUUUCAUCCGAUUUGACAGCUGCAUACAUUCACUGAAGAAAAUGACCAUAAAACAGUGGUGCAUCAGCAGGUAACCUUCAGGCUCAACUACUGAAAUGUGCUCUAUGUACGACUACCUUUGUAUGUAGUCUGGAAAUUUCAAGUAGUUCAAAAUGCAGCAGUCAGAUUGGGAUAACCCACUUCAUGCUGUGCCUAAUUAGUUGCAUUGACUGCCAAU